CACGUCACUUGGCUCAAGUGUCGGAAACGGUUCGGCUAUGUUCGUGUCUAGUCACGUGAUUUCCGAGGGAAAAACAAAACACACGGGCUAGCAAAGAUCUGUAAUGAAACCGAACAAAAAAGCUCAACUACCACCUAAAUUACCAUGUGUAGCAUACAGGUUAGGCGGUGAAUUAGCGAACGACACUGGGAUCUAAUGUUGACAAGACAACCGGCCCUUUUACACCAUGAAUUUAAGAGGACUCUUUCAGGACUUCAAUCCCAGUAAGUUCCUGAUCUACUCCUGUCUGCUGCUAUUCUCCGUGCUGCUGUCCUUGAGGCUGGAUGGAGUCAUCCAGUGGAGCUACUGGGCUGUGUUCACCCCAAUAUGGCUGUGGAAGCUGUUGGUCAUCAUUGGGGCCUCUGUGGGCACUGGAGUCUGGGCUCACAACCCCCAGUACAGGGCUGAAGGGGAGACAUGUGUGGAGUUCAAAGCCAUGCUGAUCGCGGUGGGGCUCCACGUCCUGUUGCUGAUGUUCGAGGUGUUAGUGUGCGACCGUGUGGCGAGAGGCAACUACUUCUGGCUUCUAGUCUUCUUGCCUCUCUUCUUUGUGUCGCCCGUCUCUGUAGCAGCCUGCGUCUGGGGGUUCAGACACGACCGCUCCCUCGAGCUGGAAGUGUUGUGUUCAGUUAACAUUCUGCAGUUCAUCUUCAUCGCUCUGAGGCUGGACACGAUCAUCACCUGGCCUUGGCUGGUGGUGUGUGUCCCGCUGUGGAUCCUGAUGUCCUUCCUGUGCCUUGUCGUCCUCUACUACAUCAUCUGGUCCGUCCUGUUCCUCCGCUCAAUUGACAUCAUCGCCGAGCAACGACGGACUCACAUCACCAUGGCAAUCAGCUGGAUGACCAUUGUCGUACCUCUUCUCACCUUUGAGAUCCUUCUGGUGCACAAGCAGGACGGCCACAACAGUCUGAGCUACGUGUGUGUGUUCGUGCCUCUCUGGCUCUCCCUGCUCACACUCAUGGCCACCACAUUUGGUCAGAAGGGAGGGAACCACUGGUGGUUUGGCAUCCGUAAGGACUUCUGCCACUUCCUGUUGGAGCUCCUCCCCUUCCUGCGUGAGUAUGGCAACGUGUCCUACGACCUCCAGCGCAGCGAGGACCCUGAGGCGGCCGAGGAUCUGCCCGUCCCCGAGCCGCCACCAAAGAUUGCCCCCAUGUUCCACAAGAAGACGGGCGUGGUGAUCACACAGAGCCCUGGGAAAUACUUUGUCCCGCCACCGAAACUCUGCAUCGACAUGCCGGACUAACUUCAUGUUCGAGCUAAAGGGGGACUGCUGUGUGUUUAACUCAUGAAGCCAAAACCCCAGAGGACACUGUUUGGUUUUUUUCCCUGAAGGAUUUGGUCCCCUCACCUGAAGUCUGCAUCAGCAUGGCUGGCUAGAGAGACACGUUAGAGCCUAUAUGGUGACGGAUGACUAACAGAUGCAGAAUCCUCAUAUUGGCUGUUGUGAAGAGAAGACUGCCGAACUCUGUGGAGGAUUGAAUCGUAGAACCAAAAGAAAGGACUGCUUUGAUUCACUUCAAACCUAAAGCAAAGAUGACGCUCGUCUUGCUUCAUGAUGGGGACCAUUGGAGAGACUUUAGCUUGGAUUUGGGAUCAGUGUGCUCUUGUUGAUCCUGUUCCCACUUUUGACCGUGCGGGUGGAGAAAACGAGGGAGGUGGAGUUAAAGGAAGGGUUCAAAUUGUUUUGUCUUGUUACAGUACUUGCCCAUAUGUAUACUGAAAGAGUUAUUGGUCUUUGUAAUCAUUCCUCUCAUGAGGCUUUAAUCAGCUGUGGGUAUCUUCCAAAGUAUGAAGUUCCCUGUUCCCAUGUGAAGCUGCGCAGAAGAUGUGAACACACAAACUAACUCGGACUGCAGAAGCCUCUCAUUAGCAUCAGCCAAACUGUGGAUGUUGUCCCCCCAUCUCUUACAGAUGCACCAGGAAGGGAUUCAUUUGCAGCCUGUGUGGACAGAAUCGUGCAAAGACCCUUCAAUGUACAUAUGAGAUUAUUGUUUUAAAACAAACCUGAUGGAAAAGGCACUUUGUUAAUCAUUUUGUUUUGUAUUCCUCUCUAUUGUAAAUAACAGAAGUUGUCAGUUAGGGACCAGAGAGAUGACAGGGAAGGUUAGAGGCAAAUAGGAAACAAUCAUCCUCUUCUAUUGUAAUUCAGCUUGUAGUAAGAGUCCACAUAUUAAAUGUAGACGCACGUCGGAUACCACAAAA